AUGGCGAACACAGACGUAACUCGCUACUGUCACAGCUUUUCCUACAUCUUUCUCAAAUUCAUUCUCUUCUCCUAUGCCAUCGUUUGGUGGCUGAUAGGUGGCUUCAUCCUGGCAAUAGGUAUAUAUGCUGAGGUGGAGAGGCAGCGCUACAAGACAUUGGAGGGGGUGUUCCUGGCCCCUGCUUUGAUUCUUAUACUCCUGGGAAUCGUCAUGUUCAUUGUUUCAUUCAUUGGUGUCUUGGCAUCACUCAGGGAUAAUCUCAUUCUCCUCAAGGUGUUCAUGUAUACACUGGCGGUGUGUCUCGUUCUGGAGCUGCUGGGUGGAAUUUUGGCACUUGUGUUUCGCAACCAGACAGUGGAUUUAUUGAACAAGAACAUAAGAAGAGGCAUAGUUAACUACUAUGAUGACUUGGACUUCAAAAACAUCAUGGAUUUUGUCCAGAGGAAGUUUAAGUGUUGUGGCGGCAAAGAUUUUACCGACUGGUCAGUCAACAUGUACCACAACUGCUCUGCGCGGGGUCCACUGGCCUGUGGGGUGCCUUAUACCUGCUGCAUCAUUAAGCAAAAUGAAGUCAUAAACACAAUGUGUGGCUACAAAGCAAUGGAACUGGAGCGCUUAAACCUGAUCGACAUGAUUCACAUCAGAGGCUGCACAGACGCUUUCUUCAUUUGGCUUACGGACAACUACAAGAUUAUGGCAGGACUGCUACUGGGGAUCCUGCUGCCUCAGUUUUUUGGUGUAGCCAUUAGCUGGUUGUACAUCACCCGAGUGGAAGACGCCAUCAGCCAGUAUGGGAACGUUACAGACGGACUUCUGGACUCUAAUGCACAGAGUGGACACCACAAAAGGCAAGGCCGAGUGGCCAAGUGGUUUAAGUGUAUGCCUGAGUUUGACUGA